CAGAAUGAAUUUUGUUGACCAUGAUUCAAUGUUGACAAUAAAACAAGGGAAAGCUUCUCAGGGAGGUGUGAACUUUCAUAGACUGAAGGUUGAAGGUGUUGUUGUCCUGCAGAUCCCGCUGGACAAUCCCAGGAAACCUCCGCUGCCGCUCUGUGACAUCAGCUGUGGCGGCUGGGAGAUGAGCGACCAGUCUGGAAGGUAUCCGUACCUCUGGGGCGUCUCCCAACAAGGGCAGGUGUGGUUCAGGGAAGGCAUCCAUCCUCGGGUCCCAGAGGGCUCCAGCUGGGAGGAGGUAGAAGUUCCCAAGGAGGUGGCUCAGCUAUCAGCCGGGCCUGGAGACCUUCUGUGGGCUUUACUGUGGGAUGGAAACCUAUUGGUCCGUACCGGCCUCAGCCUGGACUGCCCGACUGGCACAUCGUGGGUGGAGGUGCAAUCGCCAGGAAAGGAGGUUGAAGCGCUGCACGUGGCUGUGGGAGUCAGCGUGGUCUGGGUGGUCACCAAAGACUACAAGGUGUGGUUCCGGCGGGGCGUGAACUCCCACAACCCCUGUGGCUCCGGCUGGAUCAGCAUCGGAGGGGAGAUGAUGAUGGUGGAUGUGGGACUCAACGACCAGGUGUGGGCGGUCGGUGAGGACCGCGGCCCGUACUUCAGAAUCGGUGUGACUCCAUCUGAACCAAGUGGAAACGGCUGGAUCCCAGUGUCUGGCCAGUGGGGCAGUAAUAAAGAAGCUCUUCCAGCCAGGCAGGACUGUGCGUUCAGCGGCCAGCUGACCGAGGCCUCACAAGGCUCCGUCCUCAGCUGCACCGAUUCAGACUCAGAAUUAGGUCCUCCUGACCCUCAAAACGCCACCUCGGACACCCCAGUCCUGGAGGCCCAAGCUCCCUCUGUGGUCCCCCUGGGAGCAGCCGACUCCCCUCCACCUCCUCAGACGCCCACAGACGAGGCUCCCACAGCCCCCCAGAAAGAUGCCCCCAAACCCUUCAUCCCCGCCAGCGACAGCUUCAUCAACAGCCUGGUCUCAGACCGCGACAGAACCGUGGCGUCGCAGCCGUCCAUCGCUGAGAUACCGCAGGAGGAGGUGGAGCAGCCGGCCCCGGCCCCGAUGCUCCCAACCCCCGAGGCGGCCGGACACGACGUCCCCUGGAUGAAUGUGGACCUGGAGGGGGCGGAGGCCGCUCGGAGCGCCCAGGCGACAGCGUGUUCGCUGGGCGAUGGCGGCGCAGCUGCAACUUAUGCUUUGGGAACUCUUGAGAGCUCUCAGGGUGUCGGGGAGGAGGACGGGCCCGUGUGGACCUGGAUCUCUGGCGGAGGCUGCGAUGUGGACGCAGGGUCACAGAUCAGCUGGCUGAGUCCAACAGGUCCUCUCACCAGCUCCCUGUCGCUGACACCGGUCCAGUCGGCAGCCUGGAGCGAGCAGCAGCAGCAGCAGGAGCACAGAGAGGAGAUCAGCAAGAAGCCGCUGGAGAGAAGCAACUCGGUCUGGGUGCGUAAAGGCUCGCUGCGCUGGUGGAGGGACUGGAAGCCUCAGCGCUGGGUCGACGUGGGCGUUGCUCUCGAGCAGUCCACCAAGGCUGACGGCAGGAAGGACAGCAUCUUCUUUGUCUAUUACACACAGUACGAUGAGAAAAAGUACCUUCAUGUGUUCAUAAAUGAGGUGACGGUGCUGGUUCCGGUGCUCAGAGACUGCCACUAUGCCUUUGCUGUGUACACGGCCGAGAGGACCAAACAGAGGUGGCCUCUGGUCCUGGCAGCACCGACGGAACAGGACAUGGAUGACUGGCUGAGCCUGUUGUCUGACUGUUGCUGUGAGUGUCGAGGGAUCGCUGGUCCUCCGUCCAGACAGGCGCUGUGGUCCACUACGUCGAAGGGGGACAUCAUGGUCCACGAGCCGUCCUUCUCCCUGGAGGCCGCUGCACACGCUCUGGCCUCUGACCUCAUGUUCUGGCGGCAGGUUCCGGGUCACCUGCGCUGUGUAGAGUCUAACAGUCUGGGGCUGGUGUGGGGCAUCGGGUGGGACGGCACCGCCUGGGUCUACAGCGGGCCCGGCUCGGGAGAUGCUGCUCAGAUGCAGCAUCAGACGGAUAUCAGGAGCGUCCACGUGUACGAGAACCAGAGAUGGAACCCGAUGACCGGAUACACCGACAAAGGACUUCCUACGGACCGACCCAUGUGGAGCGAUGAGAGCGGGCUGAAGGAGUGCACCAAAGGCAGCACACACCCUCCCUCCCCUCGGUGGUCCUGGGUGUCGGAGUGGGCCGUGGACUUCAUGGUCCCUGGAGGAACUGACAAAGAAGGCUGGCAGUACGCUGCAGACUUCCCCACGACGUUUCAUGGCCACAAAACCAUAAAAGACUUUGUGAGGCGCCGGAGAUGGACGAGGAAGUGUAAGAUCACGGUGAGAGGUCCGUGGCAGCAAGUCCCGCCCAUCCGUCUGACUGACAUCUCGCUGAUGCCUUGUCUGGCCCAGAGCCAGAUGGAGCAGGUCCCAGUCUGGGCCCUCAGCGACAAGGGAGACGUGUUGUGUCGUCUGGGAGUCAGCCAGCAGAAUCCAGCGGGCAGCUCCUGGCUACACGUCGGCACCGACCAGCCCUUUAAGUCCAUCUCCAUCGGCGGAGCCAAUCAGGUGUGGGCUAUUGCAAAGGACGGCGCCGUGUUCUACCGAGGAUCAGUGUCUCCACAGAACCCUGCAGGAGAAUGCUGGUACCACAUCCCCUCUCCGCUCAGACAGACCCUCAGACAGCUGUCGGUGGGCAGGACUUCUGUCUUUGCUGUGGAUGAGAACAGUAACCUGUGGUACAGACAGGGCCUCACCCCCAGCUACCCUCAGGGCUCCGCCUGGGAGCUCAUCUCCAACAACGUCACCAAGGUCUCUGUGGGCCCGCUGGACCAGGUGUGGAUCAUCGCAGAUGGAGUUCCAGGUUUUCCUGCUGAGACUCCUGGAGCCGUGUGCCACCGGCUGGGGGUGGGACCGAUGGAGCCCAAGGGCCAGUCCUGGGACUACGGCAUCGGGGGAGGAUGGGAGCACAUCAGCGUGAGAGGAAACUCCUCCGAGGCCCCUCGUGGCGCCCAGCCUCCACCUGGGGGCCCCUCGCGGAGCCCCGCCCCCCAGCGGCCCCCGGCUCAGGUGAACGGAAGCGCCGUGGUGGUGUAGCUCCGCCCAUCUCCUCCUGCAGCCCUGUUUGUGCCUGGAUCUCCGCUCCUCUCCUCCGACCAUCUUCUCCCUUCCUGUCAGGGGAACGCACAACUUUAGACGUUUGGUGGAUCUGGCUCCUGAUGGAUGGAUGAAGGUUCGCCUCAGAGCCGAGGCUGAGCCCAAAGCGAGGACGGAUCUCCACGUCCUGAGACAGUUCAUAAACACAAGUGCAUGUGUUUGCUCCUACUUUGGCUCCUGGGUUUGAUGGGAUCCAGCAAUAGCUUUACUCUAGUGAACAGGGUCGGGUUCUGACGAAGGGCUACGGUCACCACCUCCAACCAGACACCACCCCUCUGUAGCCUCAACUGUACCGGUUUGUAGAAUGUUGCUGUUCUGUUUGUUUUGUGUCUGAUUUGCUUGUCAUACAUUUGCAUGUGGUUUUGUCUGUUUAUUUAUUUAUUUAUUUAUUUAUUAAUUAUGCAUUACCUGGAUUUCGUUUCUCCGUUUAUUUUUGGCCUGUUAUACGUUUGCUAUGGAGUGCUCCUUCGCCCAUAGGACAAGCCUUCCUGAUACUGAGGGGUAAGAUCUGAGACACCGUCUGAAACAUUUGCUCUGUACCACCAGAUGUUACCUCUCUGUCCUGCAAUAAGUACUUCCUGUUAGUAUUACACCUGUCCUCAUGAGACUGUUGACACUGCAGCAGGUCUGAAUGUCACCAUGACCGGACAUUCAUCUUACAAGGGCAUUGAAAUGUGAAAUAAAAGUCUAAAAACACU